AUGAAUGUGAUCCGUGUUCUUGACGCCAUCACAUCGAUCCAUCCAGGAUCCUGCAACGGCUACACCAACCUGACGGAUCCAUGGCGCAACCGCGCCUUUACCCAAUACGACUACCCUGGCUUCCCCACGGAUGACAACAAGUUACUCAACAAGUGGUGGAGAUUCACAGGGAUUAUCAUUCUAAGUGUGGCCCAGACUCCUGCGGCCCCCUUGCUGAAUGUACCAGUACCCCUGUGGGAGGCUGUGUUUGUGUCUCUGGAUGUUGAUGAGUGUGUGGAAGACGUCAUCAUCUGUGGCCCUGAGGCCGUUUGUAACAACACAAUCGGGGCCCAUUUCUGCACCUGUAACCAAGGUUACUGUGUUGACCUCUCAGAUAUGAUCGCCAGCUCUGCAAAUCCAUGCAAUGACAUCGAUGAAUGCAGUGAGAUUGAGGUUUUUUGUGGACUUGAUACUGUGUGUACCAAUGCACCAGGGACCUUCUACUGCUCUUGUCCUGGUGGCUACUUCCCCACCACGGGGGUCAUUUGGGAACCUGGUGUCACAUUCUGCAAAAGAAUUCAGCAGGUUCUUGAUGAGAUUAUACCUGCAGAGGGACAAACAAAAGAAAGGGCUUUUCUUGGAACUAUCGCCCAACAGCUGAAGGAUAAUCCCAACAUCCUUCUGCCAGAAGCGGUCAGUGUACGGAUCAAUAGCGCUAACUCUAACUCGCCCAAAGCGGUGAGCAGUGAAGGUGACGCAGAUACAGGCAGUGUGAUCCUGGACAUCUCUGAGGGUCUGGUUUCUUCCCUCGUAGAACCCAACCAGGACGGAACCAACAAGACGCUCCAAACUGCAGUAGUAGAUUUGAGUGUACAGACCUUCAGUCUUGGAAGUAAUGACGGAGAAAGUAAUGUUCUUUUGGUCAAAGGAAUCAGCAUGGAGGUCAACCUCGAGGCUCUGGCUCAAGACAACAAUGGAUCGGCAGCAGCUGCAGUACUCACCCUCCGCGACAUUGAUAGGCUUCUCAUUCCCGGCUUCUUCAAGACCGAGAACAAGACUGAGAUGAACUCGGACAUCAUCACCGCCUUCCUACCCAAAACCAAGCACUCCAACCUCUCCCAACCCGUCAACUUCACCAUCCAGCACAAGAAGGUGAACCGUCACACAGAAUGCGCUGGCCUGGUGACCUGUGUGUACUGGGAAGGGAAAGACCAGACGGCCGUGAAGGUGGAUGCCUCCGCGGACAAGGAGGCAGAGGCCAGCCGCUGGUCGGUAAAGGGAUGUUGGGUGACGUACUCCGAUGAGAACCACACCAUUUGCAGCUGUUCCCACCUCUCCACCUUCGCUCUUAUCCUGCAGAUCGGAGACCCUCCUCCAGCGAACCCCUUCCUGGAGUGGCUGAACAGAGUGUGUGUGACCAUCGGCCUGUUCUUCUUUGCGCUGGCUAUCGUGACCUUCCUCCUGUGCAGCUGGAAUGCCAAGAUCAACAACACAGCCCGUCUGCACCUCUGCAUCAGCCUCGCCUCCUCCCACUUCCUGAUGCUCUGGAUGGACCGAUACGUUGAGGCUAAGGUGGCUUGUAAAGUCAUGGCCGGCGUGCUCCACUUCCUGAUUCUGGCCAGUUUCUCCUGGAUGCUCCUGGAGGCCCUGCAGCUCUUCCUGCUGGUCCGGAGACUUUCCAAGGUCCAGGUCAUCCAGAGGGACGGCCUCCCUACACCAGUGCUGUACCUGAUUGGCUAUGGCUCACCGUUUGUGAUUCUGGGUGUGUCUGCCGUGGUAUUCUCUGAUGGAUAUGGCGCCACUGACUCACAAGUUUGCUGGCUAUCCACAGAACGCAGCUUCAACUGGGGUCUGACAGGGCCUGUGGUCGCUCUCCUUGGUAUGAACUUGGUGCUGUUCUUUGCCACCCUGGUGUGCCUGAGACCCACCCUGGCCAGCAUGAAGAGUGACGUGUCGCAGUCCAACGACACCAGGUUGAUCGUGUUCAAGAUCCUGGCCCAGUCCGUCAUCCUGGGCUGUACAUGGGUCCUGGGUCUGUACCAGGCCAACCUCUUCUUCCAGGUGCUCUUCAUCCUGCUCAACUCCCAGCAGGGCACCUUCCUCUUCAUUGUGCACUGUCUACUCAACAAGGAGGUCAGGGGAGAGUACAUCAAAUGGCUGUCCUGUUUAUUCAGGAAAUCUGGUAGCGCUGGAAAAGCGGUGAGUGCCUAG